AUGCGGACAGACGGAGCCGGGAUUCCCAGAGAAAGGAGAGCAGAGCGGGCACGGGAGCCGAGGCCCGCACGCACGCGCCCCCAGAGCUCCCGAGAGCGCGAAGACAGCCCCGCGCCCCCAACCGCGCCCCUGGGGUCUAAGGGCCCACACCGGGGAGCCCGCGCACGGGGAGUCUCAUCGCGACCACGAACAGGGGGCACGCCGGACGGAGGGGCAGGGAGACGGCGGCCCGGCGAGGAAGGCAGUGACCGCGGCGCCCCUCUCCGAGCGCCAGGGGCGCGCGGGGCCUGCCGUCCCGCGCACGCUUAUCAGGCUCCUCCUCUGCAGGCUCUAGUUCUCUCUCCCGAAGGCGAGGGCGAGUGGGCGAGCAGCUCUGACGGCCCCGCCCGGGACACCGGUCCGCCGGGUCCCGGGGCGCUCGGCCGCCCGCGGUCACGCUCCCGCCCGGGAAGACCGGCUCCGGACACAAAGGCCCCGGGCGGCCCCCUCCGGCUCACGGCCCCGUCACCUUCCGGGCCUGGCGGGCCGCGCGCGAACAAAGCGCCUCCUGACCUUCAGGCCGCCGGGCGGGGCGGGGACGGACACCUGCCGCUGCCCGCCGCCGCAGCCCGGCCUCCUCGCGAGCCCGCCGCCGCUCCGGGCUCCGCGCGGGCCCCGCCCUGCCGCCGCGGCCUCCGCGAGGGCGCCGGCUCCUCCCGCCGCCCCGGCCCCGCCGCCCCGGCCGCAGCCCCCGCCCCGCAGGCCCCCGCGCGCCGUUACCCGGCUGAGCGCCGCGCGUCCUCACCUCACGCCUCCUGCGGCAGUGGCGGCGGCGGUGGCUGCGCUCGGUCCGGGGACUGCGCCGCCGUGGCCGCCAACAACACCGCCUCCCAUUGGCCGAGCCCCCAGGCCCCGCCCACUGCGAGCAAGGCGGGCUGCGACUGGGCGGGCUUGGCGCAAGUCAGCUGUGCUUGGGCGCCGCCGCGACGACCAAUCAGGGGCCGCCGAGGGGCGCCGCGCUCAGACCCGCGGGCCGUAUGCAAAUAG